CCCGCUAUAACGCGACCUGCUCAGCGGAAACUUCUCUUGAGUCCUUCCAGCAAGGUCCACUUGAAGGUCAGUUAUUAGUGGGUUAGUUGCCCAGGCUACGUCGUCGUUACAUCCACACCAUGCGAACGAGAUCUCAGACCUCUGUGCUUGGCAAGCGACCGCAUCAGGCUGAUGGCAAGCCAGCCUCUGUCGCGUCCACCGUCGACCAGGCAGGCUCACAGGCCAUGCCCACUCCCGACCUUACACCCAAAACGAAACGCGCUCGUGUUUCCCUCUCCUUUCUCGACGGGGAAUCCAACAAGGAAAACGUCCCUCCCUUCCGUACCGAAGGCUCGGCUGUGUCUCCAACGAGUCCACCUCCAUCCCUAAGGCGAACCAGCACGGAGAUGAUUACACCCUCACGUGCUCGAACCAACAGAGGUCGCCAUGCGUCCACGUCCAACAUCCAAACUCUGCCGACGACGGAUAUGUCUGCCCUGGCUUUGUCUACUCCACCACCAACUCCACACGCCACCCUUCUUCCUAUUCAUGCGCGCGCACGUACCCUUCUGCGUGCAACCUGCAACGACAAUUCGUCCAUAACCGGUCGUACGACCGAACGGGAAACCAUCAAAAAUUUCAUUUCCUCGUCUUGGGAGUCGCAAUCGACAUGUCCAUCCCUUUUCAUUUCCGGAACUCCCGGUACUGGCAAGACUGCCCUCGUGAAUGCUGUGCUUAAGGAACUGGAGGAAGAUUGCGAUGUCGAAGUGAUAUCUGUCAAUUGCAUGGCUUACCGCAACACAGAUGCGCUCUGGGAUCACCUCCAUGACACGUUCGUGGGAUCUCAGCCCCUCAAGGGCAGCCCAAGGAAAGCAAAGGCGAAGUUCAAGCCGCUUUUGGAUGACCUACUUGCAUCAAGGAAAAGAAGAUGUCUCCUCGUCCUUGACGAGCUUGAUCACAUCGCAAAUUCUUGCCGGUCGCUCUCGGCCAUUUUUUCACUUGCGCGCAAACAUACAGCAAUUCUCCGCAUCAUUGGCAUCGCCAACACCCACACACUCACUGCGUCAACAACUUUGUUGGGCGAUGAUACCACGGAAAUCCCGACUCUUCAUUUUGGCGGAUACACAUCAUCUCAGCUACUGGACGUUCUGAAGGCCCGGCUCUCUUCGUUGUUCGAACCCGAAGAUGAUCACGAGGUUAAGAAACGCGCACAAAAGUUCCUUCCUAUCGCCACCUUAACGUUGCUGGCGAAGAAGGUCGCAUCACAAACCGGAGAUGUUAGGAUGCUGUUUGGUGUUCUGCGUGGCGCUAUUGAUAAGGCCGUGUCGUCACCUUAUCCUAGUGCUGAAGAAAAUCCCCUUGCGGUCUCAGUUCCCGUGGUCACGCCUACUCACAUUUUGGAUGCCCUCAAAGCGUAUCUGCCCUCCAAUGACGCUCGUCGCAACAAUGUAAUGCCAACGGCGGCGUCUACAACCUCAUCUUCUAGUAGCGAAAUUGUAACCAAGGUGCGCGGUUUCGGGUUGCAAGCCAGACUUGUUCUGUUGUCUAUGCUCCUGGCCACGAAGCGAAUGGAGGCCUUUCUCCCCUUGGCUUUUUCUAUCUCCUCCCCUCCUAAAACCCCCGUCAAGCGUUUAGGUUCAAUGGGGCUCACCAACAAAUCCGCUGGCCUCGAUCUUGCUCAGAUACACUCUUACUACACUGCAAUUCUCUCCCGCACAGAGCAUGAUAUCUUCACCCCAGUUUCUCAAAGCGAGUUCGCAGAUCUGUUGGGUGUGUUGGAGACUUCUGGACUCAUCUCAUCGUCGACGUCCUGUUCUGCUGUCGCGUCUCCGUCUAAAUCAGGUCGUCGUGGGUUUGGCCGCUCGACAUCAUUCGGCGCGAUGGCGAAGAGUGCGGCAGCAGGUCAAGAUAUCCGUAUUGCAGAUACCGUUCGCAUAGACGAAGUUCUUCGUGGCUUAGGCGUCGCCGACUCUCACGCUGAAAUCACGGAUCCGCGGGAGGAAGAAGUCCGGGCAAUAUGGGUCCGCGAGAGCGCAAGGAUAGCAAAGGAUGUUAAGCUCCGGGCACAAUCGAAGGGGAGUGCGAACGACUUAAUCGAGGGGGCGUUCGAGAAUUAAUUGCAAGCAUACGGGCCCCGAGACGAAUAGUUGCACCGGACGAAGGUAACGACAUUUUCUUUGUAGCCAUAUCAUGUAUCCUCCCUACCAUAACAGUCAUUCCACGCUUCAUCUCUUUUAUAUUCACGAUGGUGUUCUUUCGUAGUUAUGCUCGCGGGCGUUCUACGCCUCUCAUUAUGUGGAACGAACACAUGCUA